AUAAGGUGUGUUGUAAUUGCAAUGUAUCUUAUCCACGUGCUUUUAUAAUUACAACAUGUAUAUUACAAAAUCAACACCAUCAUUUCAACUGAUAGUGUUUCGUUCUUUAUUUAUCACGUGAUAACUGAAGAAAAACGGUCGUCUGCUGAAGUACAUUUUUAAAGUGACAAGUAAUGUUGAACUGUUAACUGACUAUAUCACAAAGAAUGAUUUAUAAAUAUGAUUAAUAGUAAAAACAUAAUGAACAUGUUCAGUGUAUAAAUUUAACACUUGUUUACUAUUCUAAAUCAAUAGUAUUGACAAGUCAAAAAGUUUUGAUGAAAAAUCAGGAUUGCAAGGCAAAAGGAAUGACUUCAAAUGGGAAAGGGAAGUCUUCGGUUGAUAGUAGGAUUAUGGUAUUAGGUCGGAGCGCUGUUGGUAAAUCAGCAUUGGUAGUUAGAUAUUUAACAAGACGUUUCAUCUGGGAAUAUGACCCAACAUUAGAAUGUACUUACAAACAUCAUAGUGUUGUCGAUGACGAAAACGUUGUCAUGGAGAUUUUAGACACUGCUGGUCAAGACGAAAAUAUACAUCGUGAGGGUGGUGUUCGAUGGGCAGAUGGAUUUGUUCUAGUCUAUGCUAUAAAUGAUCGUCAAAGUUUUGAGGAUAUAACAAGUAUAAAACAAUAUAUUGAUGAAACAAAAAAGACUAAUGUACAAUGUGUUUUAGUCGGUUCAAAAUCUGAUCUCCACCACGAAAGACUAGUCAGUACUGUCGAAGGACAAAAGCUCGCGGCUGAUAUGGCAUGUGCGUUUUUCGAAACAUCAGCAAGUGAAGCUGGUAGUGAAAUUCCAGAACUAUUCCAAGAACUUCAUCGUGAAAUAAAACGACGAAAAUUGGUUGAAAAUAAACCUAGACGUCGAAGUUCUGCUCAACAAGUAAAACAAGUUCUUACAAAAAUGUUCAAUAAACAGACGAGUAAAACAGGACCGUCGUGACCACGUACUUUACUUAUGUGCAAUUUAAAACAUCAGUGACUAAUAUAAUUUCAAUUGGCACUUUGUCAUUUAUGUCCUCUAAAUGAAGAAUUCCAUUUGAUGCAACUGUACAAAAUAUCUCUAAAUACAUUUUAGGAACUGUGUUUCAGUAUAGUUACUGACGUCUAGUGACACAACAUCAACUUUAUGUGUUGAUUGUUGCAUUCUAUACACUGUUAUAGGUACCAUUUCAUCGUUAUACUAUUUGAUUUCUGACUUACUACAGGAACUCAGUGAUUCUCAGAUACAUAUAUAAUUCGUUAGACCUGGUAAGAAACAACGAUGACAUAAUCUUCCCUUCGUUAUAAUGUAACAAGAGUUGAGGUGAUGCAAGCAAAGCUAUCAUAAUUAUAUACUCUGAUAUCCACAUAAAGCCAUGACUAAGUCCAUGAUGUGCUAAGGGAAAAACCAAAACUGAUUUGUUGGAUAAACAUAGGAAUUGUAUUAUAGUAUAAAAUGGUUAUAACCUCUGAAAUAAUUGAUGAAGGAUUUAUGAGAAGUUGCAGAUACAAAUUGGGUUUCCGGAAUUAGGAGGUACAUGAUUUGCUACGGGAAUGCAAAAAAAAAAAUCGGAAGAAAAGGAAACAGUGAAACAGAGA